AUUCCCAAUGGACCAACACGAGUGUGCUCACCGUAAUCCAAGUGAAACCGUCCACCUCGACUGAUCAUCAUUCGUUGCUACUUUUAUUGCUCAUCCCAAUCCUGGUUUCUGUCUUCUUUCUCGUCCUGGGCAUUGUUCUGUGUCAGUUACAUCAAAAGCGAUUGAAGGCAGCUCUUUUCAAGCAGGCUCUGCCUUUGUCCCGCGGGAAUCGCUUGUGUACGUGCGAUACGAUGCGUCUGAAAUCGGACGGCGCACACCGAGGCUCAAUCGCCCAAUGCACGUGUGGUUAUGUGGACAGUUUGAAACAGAAUGGCGGUCUAGAUAGUCAAUUCGGUUAUCAUCCACCCGGCCUGGUACGACGUACGCCUAAGGUUGGCACCGGCUGGUUGACGCCGGAGGAGAUUGAAGGGUUGGCUUCAAAAGUGAGAAAACUGGAACUGAAAUCUCAAGGCUGUUUUGGUCAGGUUUGGCACGGUCGUUUCGCAUUGCCCACAGAGGAGCCGUCCACACCCGUUGUGUCAACCACCGACCAGGGUGCCACAUUCACCGCCUCAACUGCNGACGGUAAAUUCAUCCAAGCGGGUGAAUCUCCGUCCACUGACCCAAAGGUUGUGGAGGUUGCCGUGAAGAUUUUCCGAUCCGCCCAGAAAGAUAGUUGGCUUACUGAGCUCAGUCUGUUUCGAUUGCCCGGGCUAGCUCAUCCAAACAUACUGAAAUUUUACGGUGCAGAUCAGGUAAACGAUUACGACGGACCAGUUCCGGAUGUCCAGUACUGGCUGGUCACAGAAUAUCAUCCGCUAGGUAGCCUGUACGACUACUUACGCACCAAUACAGUCAGCUGGAGUGAACUGUUACGUGUAGCGAUUAGUGUGGCUCGCGGAUUGACCCAUUUGCAUGCCGAGACAUCACUAACCAAUGGGACAGAGAUGACCACAGUUGGUUAUCCGAAACUCAGCGUGGCGCAUCGGGAUCUGAACUCGCGUAAUGUGUUGCUCAAGUCCGAUAUGACCGCCUGUAUUGCGGAUUUCGGUUUAGCUAUUCGCUUUGAUCCGGGUCAGUUCCCGUCAGUUGCACAUCCACAGCUUGGGACUCGUCGGUACAUGGCACCGGAGGUACUAGACGGUGCGAUCCAAUUCUCACGUGAUGCUUAUCUGCGCAUCGACGUGUAUGCCAUGGGGCUCGUAUUUUGGGAGUUGAUGUCCCGCUGCACUGGCACAACCAAGCAUCCAAUCCAAGUGAACGAACCGUAUCGUGCUCCGUUCGAAUUGGAACUAGGACCGGCACCAGCAAUGGAAGAGUUGCAACUAUUUGUAGCUCAUGAGAAGCAACGUCCCUGUUUCAAUCCAGUCUGGGCUAGGGAUACGGUAUGUUUAAUUCCCUCUUUUUUGUUUCCCGAUGCAUAUGCACGCGACUGA